GAGAGAGAGAUGGGUGUGGCAAAAAAGCGAAUUUAUAAGGAAAGAACCACGUGAUGGCAGACCCAACAAGUAUGUCCACAAACGAUUCACCCAAAUCAUAGACCUUCCCACUCUUCCUAUUUCAAUCAUAUCUUUCUCAAAAAAGCGAAUAUAUAAGGAAAGAACUCAUGUGACGGCAGACCCACCGAGACAUUAAAGAUCGGUGAGAUCGCUGCCACCAAGAACAACCGAAACCACCACCACCAAGUUGGUGACAUGUCCAUUGAAAUGCUUCCUCAGAGUGUCUCCAGACGCUCCGGUGACGAAGACUGCCCCAAAAGAACCGGGACCUUAUGGACGGCGAGUGCGAACAUAAUUACAAUAAUGGUAGGAUCAGGAGUGCUUUCGCGGGCAUGGGACAUUGCUCAGUUCGGUUGGAUUGCAGGCCCUGCUGUGAUACUCUUGUUCUCCUUUGUGGGCUACAACACCUCUCGCCUCCUCUCCGAUUGUUACCGCACCGGCAACCCCAACACCGGCGAGCGUAACUCCACUUACAUGGACUCUGUUCACUCAAUCCUCAGUGGAGCAAAGGUAAAAGCAUGUGGUUUUCUUCAACAUAUAACCCUAUUCGGAAACGCCAUUCGCUGUAGCGUUGAAGCAUCUCUCAGCAUGAUGGCGAUAAAAUACGUGAAUUGCAUCCACGAGACUAAUUGGGAGUACUCUUGCCAGAUUUUGAGUACUCCGUACAUGAUCAUGUUCGGCAUUACAGAGGUUCUGCUGUCCCAGAUUCCAGAUUUUGAUCAGAUAUGGUGGCUUUCUAUUGUGGCUACUGUCAUGUUCGUCACUUACUCUUUGAUUGGUCUUGGCCUAGGAAUUGCCCAAGUUGCAGCUAGUGGAAGUUUCAAGGGCAGUCUUACAGUAAUAAGCGUUGGAGAUGCGACUGAAACUCAAAAGAUAUGGAGUUGUUUCCAAGCUCUUGGAAAUAUCGCCUCAGCAUACUCAUUUUCUGAGAUCCUUAUUGAAACUCAGGACACCAUCGGAUCCCCCCCAUCAGAAGCAAAGACCAUGAAGAAGGCCAUUUCUCUGAGCACCGUGGUGAUGACAACUAUCUACAUGCUAUGUGGCUGCGUGGGCUAUGCUGCUUUCGGUAAUGACACUCCACGAAAUUUUCUGAUCGACUUGGGUUUCGACAAUCCAUUCUGGCUUCUUGAUAUUGCCAAUGCUGCUAUUGUGAUCAAUCUUGUUGGAGCAUACCAAUUAAACAGCCAGCCGAUAUUUGCCUUCGUCGAGAAACAGGCUGCUCAGAGAUGGCCUCGUAGUGAGCUCAUCGCUAAAGAGAUAAAGAUCCCGGUACAGGGCUUGGGCCAAUACAACAUGAACCUCUUUAGGCUUGUUUGGAGGACGGCUUUCGUGAUCGUGACCACCGUGAUAUCGAUGCUAUUACCGUUUGUCUUCAAAGAACUCGUGGAUAUCAUCAGCUUGGGAUUUUGGCCUUUAAUGGUCUAUUUUCCCGUCGAGAUGUAUAUUACACAGAAACGAAUUCCCAAAUGGAGCACUAAAUGGGUAUACCUGCAAAUGCUGAGCAUGGCCUGUCUUGUGAUAUCGAUCAUGGCAACUGCGGGUUUGAUCCCAGAUCUUAAGGAAGAUCUUAAGACUAAUCAGCCAUUCGGGAUGAUCUACUAAAAAAAUGCGUGGACCUUUGGUUGAUUGG